AUGUAUUAUAGGGGGGUUUUUGUUGGGGAAAUACCUGUUAUCAACAUUGGCAGCCUUCUUUCUGGAGAGCAAACAUUAGCCGACAAUGAAUUGGAGAAGCUUCACUCUUCCUGCAAAGACUGGGGCUUCUUUCAGGUGGUAGAUCAUGGAGUUAGCUUAUCCACAGUUGAAAAAAUAAAGUUGGAAACACAUAAACUCUUUGAACUCCCACUAGAAGAGAAACAGAAGCUAUGGCAGAAACCAGGUGACCAUGAGGGAUUCGGGCAGCUCUUUGUUGUUUCAGAUGACCAGAAACUUGAUUGGUCUGACAUGUUUUUUAUAACCAUGCUACCAAAUAUAAUGAGAAAGCCUCAUUUAUUUGAGGGAAUGCCGCUACCUUUGAGGGAGGCCUUGGAAGACUAUGCACUAGGAUUAGAAAAACUGACCAUGACUAUCUUGGAACAAAUGGCUAAAGCUCUAAAGAUGGAUUCCAAUGAGAUGAGAGAGUUAUUCAUUGGUUGUUAUCAAACAAUGAGAUUGAAUUACUAUCUCCUUUGUCCUAAAGCUGAGCAGGUAAUAGGUUUCUCACCACACUCGGAUGCGAAUGCUUUGACAAUUGUCCUUCAGCUUAAUGAAACAGAAGGCCUUCAGAUUCGCAAAGAUGGAAAAUGGAUUCCAGUAAAACCCAUCCACAAUGCUUUUGUAGUCAAUAUCGGUGAUAUUAUUGAGAUUGUAAGCAAUGGUGUCUAUCGCAGUAUUGAACACAGGGCAGUUGUAAAUUCAACAAAAGAGAGGCUCUCGGUUGCUGCAUUCCACUCAACCAAUUUAGACGCAGAGAUAGGCCCUGCACAUAGCUUGAUAAAUCCUCCACAUAAACCAGCAUUAUUCCGAAAAGAAUCUGUGGAGACAUACUUUAAGAUUUUUUUUGCACGUGAACUUGAUGGAAAGUCUUACCUAGCUUCCAAGAGGAUUGACAAUGAGCAAGGGGAACAUCCCAGUUGAUUGUUGUAGUUGCAGGAAAACCUAU